AUGGGGCACAAUGUAGAGCUGAUACAUGAAAGAAGUGAGGCAACGAGAAGGAGGCAACGAGAAGGAGGCAACGAGAAGGAGGCAACGAGAAGGAGGCAACGAGAAGGAGGCAACGAGAAGGAGGCAACGAGAAGGAGGCAACGAGAAGGAGGCAACGAGAAGGAGGCAACGAGAAGGAGGCAACGAGAAGGAGGCAACGAGAAGGAGGCAACGAGAAGGAGGCAACGAGAAGGAGGCAACGAGAAGGAGGCAACGAGAAGGAGGCAACGAGAAGGAGGCAACGAGAAGGAGGCAACGAGAAGGAGGCAACGAGAAGGAGGCAACGAGAAGGAGGCAACGAGAAGGAGGCAACGAGAAGGAGGCAACGAGAAGGAGGCAACGAGAAGGAGGCAACGAGAAGGAGGCAACGAGAAGGAGGCAACGAGAAGGAGGCAACGAGAAGGAGGCAACGAGAAGGAGGCAACGAGAAGGAGGCAACGAGAAGGAGGCAACGAGAAGGAGGCAACGAGAAGGAGGCAACGAGAAGGAGGCAACGAGAAGGAGGCAACGAGAAGGAGGCAACGAGAAGGAGGCAACGAGAAGGAGGCAAGGAGAAGGAGGCAACGAGAAGGCAAGGAGAAGAAGCCAAGGGAAAGAUCACAAGGCCAGUCACAAGGCCAGUCACAAGGCCAGUCACAAGGCCAGUCACAAGGCCAGUCACAAGGCCAGUCACAAGGCCAGUCACAAGGCCAGUCACAAGGCCAGUCACAAGGCCAGUCACAAGGCCAGUCACAAGGCCAGUCACAAGGCCAGUCACAAGGCCAGUCACAAGGCCAGUCACAAGGCCAGUCACAAGGCCAGUCACAAGGCCAGUCACAAGGCCAGUCACAAGGCCAGUCACAAGGCCAGUCACAAGGCCAGUCACAAGGCCAGUCACAAGGCCAGUCACAAGGCCAGUCACAAGGCCAGUCACAAGGCCAGUCACAAGGCCAGUCACAAGGCCAGUCACAAGGCCAGUCACAAGGCCAGUCACAAGGCCAGUCACAAGGCCAGUCACAAGGCCAGUCACAAGGCCAGUCACAAGGCCAGUCACAAGGCCAGUCACAAGGCCAGUCACAAGGCCAGUCACAAGGCCAGUCACAAGGCCAGUCACAAGGCCAGUCACAAGGCCAGUCACAAGGCCAGUCACAAGGCCAGUCACAAGGCCAGUCACAAGGCCAGUCACAAGGCCAGUCACAAGGCCAGUCACAAGGCCAGUCACAAGGCCAGUCACAAGGCCAGUCACAAGGCCAGUCACAAGGCCAGUCACAAGGCCAGUCACAAGGCCAGUCACAAGGCCAGUCACAAGGCCAGUCACAAGGCCAGUCACAAGGCCAGUCACAAGGCCAGUCACAAGGCCAGUCACAAGGCCAGUCACAAGGCCAGUCACAAGGCCAGUCACAAGGCCAGUCACAAGGCCAGUCACAAGGCCAGUCACAAGGCCAGUCACAAGGCCAGUCACAAGGCCAGUCACAAGGCCAGUCACAAGGCCAGUCACAAGGCCAGUCACAAGGCCAGUCACAAGGCCAGUCACAAGGCCAGUCACAAGGCCAGUCACAAGGCCAGUCACAAGGCCAGUCACAAGGCCAGUCACAAGGCCAGUCACAAGGCCAGUCACAAGGCCAGUCACAAGGCCAGUCACAAGGCCAGUCACAAGGCCAGUCACAAGGCCAGUCACAAGGCCAGUCACAAGGCCAGUCACAAGGCCAGUCACAAGGCCAGUCACAAGGCCAGUCACAAGGCCAGUCACAAGGCCAGUCACAAGGCCAGUCACAAGGCCAGUCACAAGGCCAGUCACAAGGCCAGUCACAAGGCCAGUCACAAGGCCAGUCACAAGGCCAGUCACAAGGCCAGUCACAAGGCCAGUCACAAGGCCAGUCACAAGGCCAGUCACAAGGCCAGUCACAAGGCCAGUCACAAGGCCAGUCACAAGGCCAGUCACAAGGCCAGUCACAAGGCCAGUCACAAGGCCAGUCACAAGGCCAGUCACAAGGCCAGUCACAAGGCCAGUCACAAGGCCAGUCACAAGGCCAGUCACAAGGCCAGUCACAAGGCCAGUCACAAGGCCAGUCACAAGGCCAGUCACAAGGCCAGUCACAAGGCCAGUCACAAGGCCAGUCACAAGGCCAGUCACAAGGCCAGUCACAAGGCCAGUCACAAGGCCAGUCACAAGGCCAGUCACAAGGCCAGUCACAAGGCCAGUCACAAGGCCAGUCACAAGGCCAGUCACAAGGCCAGUCACAAGGCCAGUCACAAGGCCAGUCACAAGGCCAGUCACAAGGCCGAUGA